CCGCGCGCUGUACGGCAGGCGGGAAGCGGUUUACAAGAUGGCGGCGCCCGGUGGCGGCACGGAAGGAACGGAGGAGGCGGCGGGGUUGGUCCUGGGGCGGUUGGAAGAGGAGGCGCUGAAGCGGCGGGAGCGGCUCAAGGCCCUGAGGCAGCGAACGCUGCAGAACAAGGAGAGCGCAGAGCCGGAAUCCAAAAUUCCCAGGGAAGAUGAGGAAGAGGAGCCGGUCAAGCACAGGGAGAUCAAGCUGCGGAAUUACGAUCCUGAGGAUGAGGAGCUGAAGAAGAGGAAGCUGCCCCCGGCCAAACCGGCUUCAGUGGAGGAGACGGUGAAGGAGCAGCUGGAAGCGGCCAAGCCAGAGCCCAUCAUCGAUGAGGUGGACCUGGCGAAUUUGGCUCCCAGGAAACCGGACUGGGAUUUGAAGCGGGACGUGUCCAAGAAGCUGGAAAAGCUGGAGAAGAGGACGCAGCGAGCCAUCGCGGAGCUGAUCCGAGAGCGCCUGAAGGGGCAGGAGGAAGAGCUGGCCUCGGCCGUGGGAUCCGCAAAGCAGGACGGGAGCGAUUCCGACUGAGGAGAAUCCAUCGGGAACGGGAUCCGGAUCUGCCUCGCGCUGGCCCCGUGGCCCUUCCCGCUCAUCCCUCUUCCAAACUUCCCCAAUCCUGGGAUCAUGGGAGCGGGACAGACCCUCCCCAGUUCACUGGAACUUCCUUGGAGCAAGGAAAAGUGGGAAAACUCUGGGCUGGGGUUGGAAAAAUCAAUCCAGACUCUCUGGGAAAGGAGGGAGAUUCCAACAGCCCUUGGAAAAUCAGGAUCAUUUCCCAGGGAUUGGUUCCUGUGCAGAGACUCCUCGAGGUUCUGAGGGUUUGGGAAUAUCCAUGGCCAGCCCUGGAAUUCCUGUGGGAAGGCUCGGGAAUCGUUGGCUGCUCCGCAUCUGGCUGAGUUCCGUGUGGGAUUUGCUCGGCUCCCGGAAUUUCCCGACGCUCCGGGAGCGUUUCCCGCUCCUCCUUUUGGGGUUUUUUAUGGUUAAUGGAUCUUUUCCUAAUAAAACAGUUCCGUGUGGAAAA